UAGUUGAAAAAGUUGAGACUGGCUGAAAAACACUGGCUGUCUGUGUCCCGUGGGAGAUUCCAAUCUUUAGUUGUCUUCUUUCAACUGUCACUCAAAUGAAAAACCAAUCUAGAGUACAGGUCUUGAGCCGUUCACAUAGUUCCUCCGAUGGGAGAUGGAAGUUUUCUUCAAAAUAGUGGUUGUAACUCGAUCUCGAUCUCCCCUUUUCUGCCUCUUGCACGGGACACGCCUCAGAGCUUCUGGCUUACAAAAGGCUGCUGGCCAAGGCCGCGUUAACAAACAGUCAGCAGCUGCCGCUCCGCUCACGAAGCAGAAAGCAGUCGACGUCUGUCGAGAAGCGAUCGCCAGGAUGAAGAAGAAGCUGAUCAUUGAUGUGGACACGGGGGUGGAUGAUGCUCAGGCCAUCAUGGUGGCCCUCGCAGCCCCCAGCGUGGAGAUCCUGGGGAUCACUUGUUGCCACGGCAACACCACACUGGACCAUGCCUGCAAGAACACGCUGCGGGUCCUGAAAGUCUGCAACAGGCUGGAUAUCCCCGUCUACCGUGGCUGUGCAGAGCCCCUGCUGGCUCGAAAACUCCACGCUGGAGAUUUUCAUGGCAAGGACGGACUGGGCGACGCCCCAGACCCAGACGCUCCAGGGCUGGAGCUGCUGCAGAAGGAAAAAGCUGUGCAGGCCAUGAUCAAGCUUGUCAAUGAGAACCCUGGAGAGGUGACUCUAGUGGCCACGGCGCCCCUAACUAACCUGGCCGUCGCUGUUAAGCUGGACCCUUCCUUCCCCGAGAAACUGAAGGCGCUCUACAUCAUGGGAGGAAACACUGAGUCCAGGGGAAACACCACGGUGUGUGGAGAGUUUAACUUCGUGGCCGACCCUGAGGCUGCCUACGUCGUGCUGGACCGCUACACCUGCCCCACCCACAUCGCCACCUGGGAGUUCAGCUGCAGGAACAGCCUGCCGUGGUCUUUCUGUGACACUUGGCUGGCCCAAGACACAGACAAGGCUCAUUUCAUGGAGAGGAUUUCCUGCCACACCAGGAAGAUGGUGCAGACUGAGCGGUAUCAAAAGGAGCUGGUGGCAGGACCUGGGUUCAACUCCUGUGACACCUACGCUUUGGCUGCGGCCAUCGACAGCUCUCUGGUGACCGAAAGCGAAGAGGUCGCAGUGACAGUGGAGUUGGAGGGGACCUACACCCGAGGCAUGAUGGUGCUGGACUACCUGGAUCAGCUGGACAAGAAACACAAGGCCAGCAUCAUGAAGAAAGUAGACUGUGAGAAGUUUAGGCAAAUGUUGAUGGAUGCACUGAAAUAGCAUGACUUAUCUGUGUGACAAUAUUGCAACAACUAAACGAAUCAAAACAAAAAAUACACGUGUGGCUGGUUCUUAUUGAUUUGACCCUUUCGGUUAUUGAAUGAGUAAAUUCAUUUUUCAAAGAUUAAUAUGCAUUCAACGUCCAGAAAAAUAAAAAAUACCUGCAUACUCGACAUGUUUAGGCUUUACCCUUGUUGAACUGCUUUGCAUCAUACUGAACAAUUUUUCUAUAAUCAGAGCCAAGAAAUGUCUAAACGAAACUCUCACUGAUGCCUGUUAUAUAUGGAGGGUGUAAUGAAAAAAAAGGAUUACACCAUAAGAAAUAAGAUCUUUCCACUACAUACAAUAAUAAUGGCUUAUGCAAAAGCUUUUUUCAGCUAUAUGCGCCUCCCCUUCCAACUGCUUCAUACUGUAAACCACUAAUGUUACUGCAAUUCUUGUAAAACUCGUAAGGUAAACCCCCUUCUGAGGGUGCGGACUGGAUCAGCAACAGCAAAGCAUGGUUAUGAUUUUUUACUCCAGAAAGUAAA